GUGUGAGGAGGGGCGCCUGUGCACUUGUGCAGUCUGUCUUCAGCAGUCUUCAGGAGAGGAUCAGACUGGAGCUGGUCAUGUCUCUGUGGGUCGCCGCCGCUGUGCUCCUGUCCGCUGUUUUCUCCAGGACUUCAGCCUUUAAUCUGGACACCACCACCAUCCUCACCAAAGAGGGCGAGCAGGGCAGCUUCUUCGGCUUCUCCGUGGCUCUACACCAACAGAUCACUCCAGAACCCCGCAGCUGGCUUCUGGUUGGAGCUCCUCAGGCCAGAGGUGAGGGUCCCCUGCAGAGCCGGCGGCCCGGAGCCCUGUACCGCUGUCCUGUCACUGCAGAGCCCUGUCAGCGGGUGGAUGUGGACGCACACGAGAAUCUGGACCGAGAGAACAAAGACAACCAGUGGUUUGGGGUCACGGUCAAGAGCCAGGGCGCAGGGGGGAAGGUGGUGGUGUGUGCGCACCUGUACGAGCUCAGACAGCAUGUGAAUCAGUCGUUUGAGACUCGUGACCCCGUGGGCCGCUGCUAUGUGCUGAGCGCGGAUCUGACGGAGCGGGACGAUCUGGACGGAGGAGAGUGGAAGUUUUGUGAAGGUCGUCCUCAAGGUCAUGAGCAGUUCGGGUUCUGCCAGCAGGGUCUGUCCGCCAGCUUCAGUCCCGACCGCAACUUCCUGCUGCUCGGAGCUCCGGGGACGUACAACUGGAAAGGGCUGUUAUUCAUGGCCAACCCUGUAGAGGACGCUCUGGUCUACAAAACUCUGGAAGCAUCCAAAAGCUCCUAUGAAGACGUGGCCCAGAACAGCUAUCACAUCGCUGUUGGAGCCCCGUUUGAUGGAGACGGAAAAGUGUUUAUUUACCGCGGCUCAUCAUCUGGCAUCGAUACCAAACCCUCUCAGGUUCUGGAUGGGCUUAAUGCAGGCGUGCAGCGCUUCGGUUACUCCAUAUCUGCAGGACUGGAUGUGGAUGGUAAUUUGUACCCGGAUCUGGCGGUGGGCUCUCUGAGUGACCAGGUGGUGCUGUACAGGUCUCGGCCGGUCAUCCACGUGCUGCGGGAGAUCUCCAUCCAGCCGCAGUACAUCGACCUCACCCAGCAGAACUGCGCAGGACAGCCCGGGGUUUGGUGAACUUUGUGCGUGAGGGCUGCGGAGAGGAUCAGAUCUGCCAGAGUAACCUGCAGCUGAGCUACGAGUUCGGCAGCAGAGAGGCCAGCAGCUUCAGGGCCCUGCCACGAGACGAGUUUGGGGUUCAGGUGUUUUCGUUGUCGGACCAGCGGGUGGUGCUGCUGGAGCUCACGGUCACCAACACCCCGUCUGACCCGCUGCGCCCCCUGGAGGACGGAGACGAUGCCCACGCCGCACAACUGCUGGUGUCCCUGCCACACACACUCUCUUACUCUGGGCUCCUCGGACAGCAGGUGUGAAGUUCUACCUGGUCUUGAGCACCUCGGCCAUCAGCAUCCACACCACCUCUCUAAGCGUGCAGCUGACUCUGUCCACGAUCAGUGAGCAGCCGUCUCUGGCCCCGGUGUCUGCGUUUGCUCGGGUGGUGAUCGAGCUUCCUCUGCUGCUCAGCGGUGUGGCUCGUCCUCAUCAGCUCUUCUUCAGUGGUGCCGUCAGAGGAGAGAGCGCCAUGAGCACGCUGGAGGACAUCGGCAGCCCGGUGGAGUUUGAGUUCAUCGUGUCCAACAGCGGUUUGUCUCUGCAGACGCUCGGCUCUGCGUCUCUGAAUGUGUUCUGGCCGUACGAGCUGCCCAACCGCAAGUGGCUGCUGUACCCGAGCACCCUGCAGAUGCUGGACCAGUCCAAAGAACAACACUGCCCACCCCAGGCUGACCUCAACAAACUGCAGCUCACACACACACACACUGACCAGAGCCGCCGGUCGGUGCGUUCCCAUCAGCAGGCAGUGUCAGACUCGUCCUCUAUGGCUGCAGUGCCGUCUGUGUCUGACAGGAGGCGCUCUCUCACACUGGAUUGCGCUGUGGGCUCCGCACGCUGCCUGCACUUUCAGUGUCCUCUGCAGUCGCUGUCUGGCACGAUGCGCCUCCGGAUCAAAGGUCACCUGUGGAACAGCAGCUUCAUCGAGGUGUCAGUGAUGAUCUACCCAGAGAUCGGGCUGUCAGAUCAGUAUGGCGUCCCCUGGUGGAUCAUCCUCAUCGCUGUCCUGGCUGGAGUGCUUGUGCUGGCGCUGCUCGUGUGUUUACUGUGGAAGUGUGGUUUCUUCAAGCGUGCGGAGCGGCAGCCGCAGUAUGAAACGGAGUAUCACUGCGCUCACCUGCAGCAGCAGCCGUCAGACGCCGAGCGGAAACACACCGAGCUGCAGUGAGGGCUCGUCACAGCACCUGCAGACGCUCACGUGUGGUUUCUUCAGAAGGGUUCGGCAUGAAGAUCAGGUUCCUCAGUAUCAGGCGGUG